AUGACCAACCGUUACCCACCAUUCCCACCGUUGCCCAUCAUCAGCCAAACUACGCGGGGUGGCACGUCCGGGGUUGGAGAAACUCAAAAUGGCCUUGCCAAGCAGAGUGACUGCAGCCACACGGUGCCCCUCGCACAGCCAAGUCUUCGGGCCAGCGCGGCAGGAACCCGGAAUGCGCAGCUGCGCAGCCCUACUCCUCAGCGGACGCUGCGGGUCUUGGGCUCAGCAGGCCCGAUCGCGCGCAACUCCGCUACCAAUGUCAAAACAGUUGGUCCGCGGCCGUUUCAAUACAGGCGGACGUUGGCGAAGUGCGACAAGGCUAAUGCACAGGUCGCAUGCGAGGCCUCUAUUACUCUAUUACCUGCAAGCCCUGCGAAACAGAACCGUGCUGUGGGUGAUCGUCAUGUUCGUGAUCGUGCAGCAUCCUUGGCAUGCCCCGGACGGAAGACCUGGAAGAAGACCGGAAAGAAAGGAGACUUGCUUCUGAGCCAGCGUGCGCUGGAGGACCGUGCCUCCUGCGUAGAGCGCGGCCUCCUGGCAUCUUGGGUUCGCGGGGCAGCCCUGGGUCGCCCCCUGGUGCUUGUGAUGCGGGUGACGAUGCCUGGGUGCUGGGGCCCUCCAAGAAUCAUGCUUUUGCGGGUGCGGCCUACGGCGAAGUCAGCGCCAGCCUGGCAAAAGAUGGCCUUGGGAGAAUUUCGAGGAGGGCGACUGUGUUGUGUGGGUUGGGGAAGAUACGAGUUGCGGAGGCACCACACUGCAGAGCUGAUUGCGACUUUGCGACCGGAGCCGCCAACAUCGGAAAGCUUGGCGCUCUUGCCGACGAGUCUGGACCGUCUGCGAGAGCUUGAGCGCCACUUCUGGGGGCCAUGGAGGCGGAGCCGAGCUCCUGUGCUGGGACAGGUGUGUGAGGCUCGAUGGGGUCCCAUACCAGCCUGCCCACCAGAGGUCAUGCGUGAAGCCGCCAGAAUUGCGACGACGAAGGCCUCUCAGCUAGGCAGCCGUCUGAUGCGGUUGGGCAGUACUGACAGCAACGGCAGUGAUGUCAGCACGAACGCCGGCAAUGAUAGUAACAGCGAAAGCAGUGAAACGGAGGUGCAUGCCUUGCCGAGGCAGCUAGGGCUGAUGUCUGACAGCCCCUGCGACGACGGAAACCUGCGCCCGUUCGUUCCUACAUCGAUCAACGGUACUCCUUGCAAAGUGGAGGAACUUCGGGAAUCUGUCCACCAGAGUGCUGCCCUGGGUUCUGUGUGUGCAGAAGACAGCUGGGUCUGUGCCAUCUGCUUGGGAGGUGCCGCAGAGGUUGGCUCUGACAACAUUGACCUUGAUGACGCAGUCCGACCACUCCGACUUGCUUGGCGAAAGCUUCCGUGCGGCCACGCUUUUCACAAGAGCUGCGUGCUUCCCUGGAUCCGCGGCGGCAAGCCGUGCCCCCUUGGACGCUGCAUGGUGCCAGAUGCCGCGCGAUCUGGUCGGCGGGAGAUGAUCUUCCCAAUGAACUCGGCUUGGAAAGAGCUGCCGCAAGAUGUUGUUGCCAAAGACAUCCUUGGGCCCUCGCAACCCAUGCCUGGGACCGGACAUCUGCGUGCUCCUCCACAUGUUCGGCCGGGCUGUGUGGGUCGCCUAACUCCAAUCCCGACUUUCUUCGAGCGCUUCAAGCAAGGCGAUGGAUUGCAGGAGUGCUGCCCUCUCUGA